AUGGAUAUUCUGGGCAAGGGUUCAUCGGUCUCUCCCGAAGAUGAAAAUGCUAAAAGACGCCUCAUCAUCGAAAGGGCUGUUGAGAUCCUCUAUCGCAUUCAUCUUUCAUUUGUUACACCGGUAAAUAAUGAUAUCUCUCAUGUUACUGAAGAGACGGAGGAUGCUGCUCUAGAGGAUGCCAAGAGACGAAGAUUGCUCCAUGCCCUUCUUGAUUUGAUCUCGUUGGAGGGCAUUUACCCAUCACAGUCGUCUGGAGCUGGUAUCCCACUUCAACAGCGUGUGAUCUCCGUCUUGCCAGCUGGGGUCAUUGCCCAACAACAGCAGGCCUCUGCACGUGAAAAUGCUAGAGACGAGUCGCUUCUGGAGUACAUAUUGCACCGCAUCUCCGAAAUACUGCUUGAUCCACGAUCUAGCAUCCAGCCUGUCAUUCGAGGUCGUAUCUUGAGUGAUGUCAUCAGCGGGACUACAGACCUCGCCUUCAAUUCUCAGACUUUAUCCCCGGACAGCAAAGAAUGGUGUCGCGGUGUGCUCGCAAAAGUCAUCGAAGGGACACCGACCCCUGUGUUGUUGUCAACUCUGUCGAAUUUUCUUCAAUCGGACACGGCACCCUGGUUCAAAUCUGUAAUCUCAAGCCAGAUAUCCAGAGUCCCUCUGCGGAAAGAUGGUGUUUUGCAAACAAUCGUCUUCCUCGCAUCCCAAUUCUCUCCCAGCCUUGGACAUGACUCGCAAGAUCAAACUUCCAAUGGCCCCCAUUUUACCGUCCAAGCUAUCAUGCAAACUUCGCGCUUACUUUCAUCUGUACCGCAAGGGAUGGAACCCGCAGAAUACUUCACCUCUAUUGCACCUCAACUGCUAGCUCUGGUUGAUGGCGACGAUCCUGAUUUGAGGAAAACCGCUGCGUACGCCAUUGGCAAUGGGAUCUUAUGCAAGCGAGCAUACGGGGCUCCAGGAACCAUAGGUCAUUCUAUAUUCUUGGAGCCCAUCUUCAAGACGCUUACCGCAGCGCUCGAUGGGCUGUCCCGGCAGUACAUGAGAUUUCCCUCCGCUUCCAGCAGAGCGUCAUCGGAUAAAGUUCUGGUCGAUGAGUCCAUGUUGCUGAGGGCUAUUGACAGGUUGCGGAGUCUUGUGCUUCAACCUCCCAACCCAGGUCUCGUGAAGAGAGUUGUAUAUCCGAUUCUUCUUCCUCUUUGGGGCCUAGCUUCCUUCACGUCGCAGAACCAGCGUCUCGACCUGCACGAAAAGGUCAUGACUGUGCUGCAAACAUAUUUUGGCAUCUCCGUUGGAAUGCAACCGCUCAAAAAAUUGGUGGAUAAUCUGCUUUGGGAUGGGGGAGCUAGCUGGACAUAUGGUCUUGAGCCAGAUCACAAACUCAUGGACACAUUGCAGACCCGGACUGAGUUAUUUAUCAAAACGCUAGAGGCCGACCCUAGCUUUGAAGAGUGCACUGCGGAAGUUUUCCUCUACGUCAGUGAGACGUGGUUAGUGCGGCCUCCUGUCGGCGAGAACGAGCCUGCACAAGACACCAACCAUUUCCAAAACAUGAAACGCCAAUUGAUCAGUGCCAAACUAGCGGAGGCACUGCUCAAUAAAUUCAAAGAUAGUCUAUCUCGACGUCCUCUGAGGGUUCUCGAGCUCAUCAAACAGAUCAUCGGUGCAGAAUACAGUCGUCAAGUCAGAAAAAGGCAGGACAAAAGCGUUCGCCAGUCAGGAAAGAUGUCCUUAUCGUCUCUUGCAAACAUAGUACCGUCCCAGGAUACUGGAGAAAAUUCAUCCUCAAACGAUGAUACCGCAGAGACGCUACCAGCAGUGUUCAGUCUGCUCUCUACAAUCCUCGCCUCCCCCGACUUCUCCGGAACUCCAAACACGAUAACCCUACUUCAAGGUAUAAAAUCCACAUUGGACGAGCUCAUCCCGCAUCUUGCAUCAUCACUCGCGAAGCCAGCAACGACAGCAUCAAUGCUCCUGGAAAUCCAGAUCUCGUCUCCCGAGGAACAUGGCCCACAAAAGUCCUCCAGCGAAACCACCGACUUCGAUAUUCACCGCCGAGCACUGUCCCAUCUCAAUUCCGAACUACCUCCUGUCCAAGCAGAGGGAUUCUCCCUCUUAUCCGAUCUCAUCAAGAAAGCGUCUCCUGUUCUCGACAUCCCUUCCACGCUAACCCUCCUUCUAUCGAUCCUCACCGAUACCUCCGAAACCGCCGCCAGCGACGAGUUCAUCUAUCUCAAUGCCAUCAAACUCAUCGGCACACUGGCCUCGCGACACCCCCGCACCGUGGUCAAAACACUCGUCGACCGCUACACAGAUCGCAGCGAACAAGCAACCCUGGACCAAAGGCUGAAGAUCGGCGAAUCGAUCCUCCGCACCGUCCAAGACCUCGGAGAAGCGUUGACAGGAGAGACCGCCAAGAUUCUGGGCGAGGGCAUGAUCGCUGUCGCAGGACGGCGCGCGCACAAGCCACAGGCACAAAAGCGCAGACAGCAACAGCUCGACAAAGAAAAGCGAGAGAAAGAGCGCGAAGAACGGAAAAGACAGAAGGAGUCGGCGAUGCCGGAGGGCUGGACGAUGUCUUCCCCUGCGCUGACGUCGAACCACGACGAAGAGGGCGACGGCUCGGAGCCUGAGAGUGCCGAACAGGCUGCCCGUUCGGCCAAUAUCGUCGCGGCAUGGGCUGCGGGUGCGGCCUCCGACGAAGAACCGGAUGAUCUGAGAGUCCGGGCCUCCGCACUGUCUGUCCUGGCGACUGCGGUCCAGACAAACAUCGCGGGUCUCGGUCUAUCUGUGGUUCGUUCCGCGGUCGACCUGGCGCUCUCGACGUUGAUACUAGAGCCGGAGGAGGAGUCUGCGAUUCUGCGGCGUGCAAGCGUUGUUCUGCUUCUCGAUAUAUUGAAAGCAUUCGAUGCAGUGCGGGAGACGCGCGGAAGCAACGCCUUGGGGUUCGGGUUUUCCCUCUCGGAUGAUGCAUCUAGGGAGAACGCUGGGGAUGGCGGAUCCGCGACGGUUGGGAAUAUCCCGUACAUGUUGCACAGUUUGCACUUCGUCGAGGGUCGGGAAACUGAUAGUAUUGUUCGGGGCCAUAUCCGGGUGCUGGUGGAAAGUUUGGAAGCCUGGUUAGAAAAGUCGCUUCUAUGGGGCAUCGGGGCCCGUGAAGGUGAUAAUGAGCCCAGGUUGGAACUUGGGGAUCGGCUUGCUGGUCUUCAAGUAGAUCCUUUGGCGGAAAGGACCGAAGGACGUCCGAGGAUCGAGGAGAUAGAAUAA